AAACUCCACACCAUGGAUAGUGUUACUAAAACUGGAACAUUGAUCAGCUGAUAUGGCUUCUCUCCAUAGCUACAUAAUUUUCAUGCUUCUAGUCAUAUUGCUUAGCUUCAGCAGCGAAGCAGCACCAACUUACAGCUCUUAUGCCUGUGAUAAUUCCACUACUUUCACGCCCAACAGCACCUACCAAGCCAAUAUCAAGACCCUUUUAUCCUCUCUUUCAUCAAAUAUCAGCAGCAGUAAGAAUGAGUUUUACAACACAACAGCAGGGCAGGGCCCCAAUUUGGUCUACGGUACGUUCCUUUGCCGGGGUGAUGUAUCAGCUAAUCUCUGCCAAGACUGCGUUGCCAGUGCGAGCAACGAGAUAGCUCAACGCUGUCUUACGGAAAAAAUGGGUGUGAUCUGGUACGAUGAGUGUACUGUACGGUACUCUGAUCAAAACAUUUUCUCCAUCAUUCGUGAAGUACCGGGGAUGGAUAACAGCAGUUCAGCAAGCAUCACGGACAAAGAAAGUUUUGAUCAGUUAUUGGCAAGCGUAAUGAAAAUCUUAGCUAACCGAGCUGCGUAUGAGGACCAAUCGGGCAAAAAGUUUGCAGCUGGUAAAGCGAAUUUUACUAGCUCCCAAACACUGUACAGCCUAGUGCAGUGCACCCCGGAUUUAACCGAUGCACUUUGCUUCAGAUGCUUCCAGAGUGCCAUUGCUACUCUUCCAACGUGCUGUGAUGGGAAACAAGGUGCAAGAGUUUUGCUUCCGAGCUGUAAUAUCAGAUAUGAAAUGUUUCCUUUCUACCAACUCAAUGGCACGGAUUCCACAGUGCUGGUUCCUUCACCUCCCUCAACGAACUCAACUAAAGAGAAAACCAAAACUUCAACAAAAACUAUAAUUGCCAUUGCUAUUCCGGUUGUUGUCUCUGUGGUGCUCUUUGCAGCGGGCUUCUGUCUUCUUACUAGGAAUCGAAAGAAGUACGAUGCCGUAGAACAAGAAAACGCUGCAAAGGAUAUUGCGACCGAGGAGUCUUUGCAAUUUGAUUUUUCCACCAUUGAAGCUGCCACAAACAAAUUCUCUGAUGAUAAUAAGUUGGGUGAAGGUGGAUUUGGUCCCGUUUACAAGGGCAAACUCCCCGAUGGACAAGAAAUAGCUGUUAAAAGGCUAUCAGUAAGAUCUAGCCAAGGUGCGGUAGAAUAUAAGAAUGAGGUUGCAUUGGUAGCCAAACUCCAACACCGAAAUCUUGUGAGGCUUUUGGGAUUUUGCUUGGAAGGAGCAGAAAAAUUACUCAUUUACGAAUUUGUUCCCAACAAGAGCCUUGACUAUUUUUUAUUUGACCUUGAAAGACGAGGACAAUUGAAUUGGACAAAACGAUACAAGAUAAUUGGAGGAAUAGCUCGAGGGAUUCUCUAUCUUCAUGAGGAUUCUCGAUUUAGAAUUAUACAUCGUGAUCUCAAAACUAGUAACAUAUUACUCGACGAAAAUAUGAAUUCAAAAAUUUCAGAUUUUGGAUUGGCAAGAAUUUUUGGAGUUGAUCAAUCUGAAGGCAGCACAAGUAGAAUCGUUGGAACAUAUGGUUAUAUGCCUCCAGAAUAUGCAAUGCAUGGACAUUUUUCUGUCAAAUCUGAUGUGUACAGUUUUGGAGUCAUAAUUUUGGAGAUUAUUACUGGGAAGAAAAACAAUAAUUUCCAAUCAACAGAUGGAGCUGAGGACCUCUUAAGCUAUGCUUGGAAACAUUGGAACAACGGAACACCCUUGGAACUGUUAGAUCCAAGUCUGAGAAGUUCUUAUUCUAGAAAUGAAGUCAGCAGAUGCAUCCAUAUCGGCCUUUUAUGCGUUCAGGAAGAUCCAACAGAGCGACCCACGAUGGCAGCAAUUGUUCUCAUGCUUAGCAGCUACUCUAUCACGCUGCAAGCACCUCGACCUCCAGUCACUUUCCUCAUUCCCACAAGUGAGUCGAAGUUUCCAACAAAUGAAGAUUGGUCGAAUCAAUCCACUAGCAAGUCAAUUGCAUUUUCGGUGAAUGAAGCUUCCAUUUCCGACAUAUAUCCUCGGUAGUCUUAGAGUUGAGAAUAGGAACCAAUGAGAACAUGAAUCAUACAUGUCCUCAUACAAGUAUAGGAGUCAUGAGCUCUUCUUUCAUAAAUUCUAAUUACCGGGAAAUGUAUAUCAUAUGGAAUUACCAAUAAAAGAAAAUAACUUCAUUAGAAAUGUAUCAUGUGGAACUACCAAUGAAUGAAAAUAACGUCAGCUAGGAA